GCCAAAGAGGCCGCUCGUCAGCCGCCAUUCAUUGCUCGUAUUCGCCCGUGGUUUCGUCGUCUCUUUACGUCGCGUUGGUCGUGCGUGUUGUCGCGUUGUCGCUCCUUCAACAACUGCUCGCCCGACGCCGCUCAUCAACUGCCACCAAAAGCAUCCAUCCACUCGCUCGAAACUCUUGUCAAUCUCUAGGAACAAUUCUCUUUUUUUUGUGACCAGCAGCAGUUGACCUGCUUGCCCCCGCCCAGCCCCAGUCCGUCAUCAUCAGCAUCAUCAUCGUCAUCAUAAAAAACAACAAAGAUUCUCGCAUCUCAAUGGCCGAGCAGACGCCCAAUCCCGGGAUCCGCGCAUCGGAUCCAUCUCGCAUUCCUCUUCACCUCCGGCGACAGAACCUGCAGCUGUGCGACAAGAACGCGCCGUGGGGCACGGAUUCCGAUGCGCUUCAGAACCGAAAGCGCUUCCCGGAAAGCCUUCACUUCAACCCGGCAACCUUCCGCCUCCGCUCGCGCACAGAAUCCACGCGCAGCAGCAUCUCCUCGGCCCAUGUCCCGGACUCGGCCACCACGUGUUCCGUCUCUACGCUCGCCAGCCCGUUGAGCUCAAGUUACGCCAGCGACCUGCAAGAGCGAUUCGCCAGUCAUUGCAUCGACUCUUCAAGGCCGUCCAGUAGGAUCCGCCACCGCCAUCAGCCCUCGAGCGCGACUACUUGCUCUACGUAUAUCAAUGAUGACAACGAGGCGCCGAUCCUCGUCGGCUACCCUGACGUUGGUGAGAAACUGAAAGGCCUGCGGGACGUUGGCGGCGAGCUGGACUCCGCCAUUCAGACGCCGUCUGUGCAUCACCUGGAGGAUCCGUUCGUGAAGGAGGAGGGGGACGUCGCUGUUGAAGAUGCGCCGGAGUGGUCGCAGACUCUAGACCAAUGCGCGUCUCCGGGUCCGUCAGACGUCGCAUCGGUCGUCUCGGACGACUUCUCCGCCGAAGACGUUGACGCGAUGCUGGACUUCGCGCUUCAGUCGGUUUACGGCAUCGAGCUGCGGGAGGCUUCUGCGCCGACGGCAGUCAUCCGCCAGCUUGCCUCCAACUUCCUCACAGAUCUAGGGCAGCACAUCUGGCAAAACGCAUCUGACACUCGGGCAGCCCACACCAUGUCUACCGCCAGCUCGUCGACCACGCCCUCGCAAGGGACGGCUGGAGAACCUUCUCAGGGCAAACGGAAGAAGACCGCCGGCAAUGAAGACGGUGGAGAGGAGUACAGCGACGGGGAGGGCUCCGGGUUCGGCCCGUCCAAGCGCCUUCGACCGAGUCCCAGAGAGGAGGAAAACCUCCGCCUCAGCUGCCCCUUUAGGAAGCGAAACCCCCAUCGCUUCAAUGUCCGGGACCACCAUAGCUGUGCCAUGACAUACUUUCCAAAGUUUGCAGAGCUCAGGCAACAUAUCGUGAAGCAGCAUAAGCGCGAUGACCCGUCAGCAUUCGUCUGCGAUCGCUGCACGCGAGACUUCCCGAGCAGGAAAGAGCUACGCGAUCACCAGCGACAGCCCAAGGAGCACAUGUGUGACAUAUCCGACCACGACCCCGAGUCAGGCAUCGACGGGCCCACUGCAAUCAAGCUCGUGAGCCGAAAACGUGCCAGCGGUACUUCGCCGGAAGUUCAGUGGAGAGAGAUCUGGAACAUACUCUUCCCAGAUGACGAUGAUGGGAUGAUUCGGCCAUACCACUUCACUCCUGUCAUUGAACACUUUGAACUCUCCGCGCAGUACCUGACUUCUUUCGAAUUCCUUCAAACAUCACUGCGCAAUAAGAUUUCCAACCCGGCGACGCUAGAGACGCUGGCUACAAAGUUUCACCAAUGCUUCAUUGAAGCUGUGGAAGGCUGCGCAACCGCCGCUCGCAGCAUGCCUUACACGAACCGCAGCAACAAGAGAAACGAGCCAAAUCGCCAAAGCACAAUCUCGAGAAAACCGAGGGCGAUCUCGUCCCGCCCAGACUCAGGUGUUAUUAUGGACGAUGGCUCUGAUGAAAGCUGCAGCAUCAUGGGGUCGUCUGGCCUCGGCCACAGGGAUAGCGUCAGGACUGUCCGGAGUCUCGCGCCACGACGAGGUAGCACUCUCGCUCCGAAGGGCUUGAGAGAGGUUCUGCCGGCUCCAACCCCUCCGGUUGCUUCAACUACUACCUCGUAUCCCACGUUGCCGCUGCAAGCUGCGGCGGCGAAUGGAAUAGACCCCGCUGCGGCCGUGCAGGCAUGGAAUAAUGGGGUCACAUUCGACCAAGAAGAUCCCACGUUCUCCAUGCCAGAGCAAUGGAUGUUGCCUCCAGCGACUGUUUCCGGCCCCAUGAGCACACAAGCGGAUUUUACGACCAUGGACGAUUCAUUCUUGUACCAAACGGACUUUGCGGCAAUGGGACACGGGUUUACAGGAUUUAAUGGACGGUGAGAGGUACGCCGACGGGACAAGGGUAUUUUACGACGCAGGCAACGGUUGAACGACAAUUCCUUCUCUUCCUUGUGCACUCAUGGCGACCAUUUCACGGCUCCUUCCAGCUCCGCAACGAGAGUAAUUGUAUGAUUGAUGAUUUACGUUGCGUAACAUAAGGCAGGAGAUUCUGCUCCUUGGAGUGCUGUCAGUGCGCUCCCAUAAUUGAUAUAUUUGUAUUUAGUGGCGCCUCGUGCCCAAGAAAAAUUGUCAUGAUUUUGACCGGGGAAUCAGGCCUACGUUCAUUUAUUCGGAGUCAUCAGGUAUGGGCCGAAUCUGGCCGAGGAUCUUGAAUGCCCAGUCG